UGGUCCAUGAAGCGGAUUACGGCUCCAGUCCUGCCGCUACAUCCUCUCUCUGAUCCGGAGAAGAACCCAGCAGGCCCGGCCUGUCAGCUCGGUACUCCGGCAUCAUGGAUUUCAACGUGAAGAAACUGGCUUCCGGCGCAGGCGUCUUCUUCACCCGGGCCGUGCAGUUCACAGAAGAGAAACUGGGCCAAGCGGAGAAGACGGAGCUGGACCCCCACCUGGAGAACCUGAUCACUCGGGCAGACUGCACCAAGAACUGGACCGAGAAGAUCUUUCGACAAACCGAGGUGCUCCUGCAGCCCAACCCGAGUGCUCGAAUAGAGGAAUUCAUCUAUGACAAGCUGGAUAAGAAGCUUCCCUCCAGGACCACAAACUCAGAGCUGCUGGGCCAGUACAUGCUGGAAGCUGCCAAUGAAUUUGGUCCAGGGACGCCAUAUGGCAGUACCCUGAUCACAGUGGGAGAGUACCAGAAGAAGCUGGGCGGAGCCGAGCGCGAGCUCCUCCAAACCUCAGCCGCCGGCUUUCUCAGUCCUCUACGCAACUUCCUUGAAGGAGACUGGAGGACUAUAUCAAAAGAGAGGCGACUUCUGGAGAAUCGGCGUCUGGAUCUUGACAUCUGCAAAGCACGUCUAAAAAAAGCCAAAGUGGCAGAAGCCAAAGCAGCGGCUGCACCUGAUUUUCAGGAGACAAGACCUCGAAAUUAUGUUCUCUCUGCCAGUGCAUCAGCGGCGGAGCACGAGCUCCGGGUCGCUCAGACGGAGUUUGACCGACAAGCGGAGGUGACCAGGCUGCUGCUGGAGGGCAUCAGCAGCACGCAUCUCAACCACCUGCGAUGUCUGCAGGAUUUUGCAGAGGCUCAGGCCACUUACUACGCCCAGUGUCAUCACUACAUGCAGGACCUUCAGAGAGAGCUCAACACUGCUAUUGCCGUCAGCGCCCCCCACCCUACUGCUGCUCUCUGCCCCGACCCCGUCUCCUCUGCUUUCCUGUCUGGACCAUCUUCUCCUGGGGCCCCAGCCUCCUCUCUGUCUAGUCAGAGGCCCAGCACCCUGGCUAUGGAGCAGCUCCCAGUCACAGGCACCAGAAAGGCCAAGGUCCUGUAUGACUAUGACGCCCACAAUGUCAGCGAGCUGUCCCUCUUGGCUGAUGAGCUCAUAACUGUACACACCGUACCAGGAAUGGAUCCUGAUUGGUUGAUUGGAGAACGGGGGAACCAAAAGGGAAAGGUCCCGGUCACCUACCUUGAACUGCUGAGCUAAAGGACCAAACAACAGGACACACACACACAUUUGUGUGCAUUUAGUACACUUGUAUUCUGAUCCUAAACACUUAUGCAAACCGUUUUGUUGGGAAAUGUUCUAUACAUAGGGAUGACUCAUGGGAGGAAAUGGCAAAAAAACGCUUGUUUUGUUUGGUGUGUGUGUGUGUGUGUGUGUGUGUGUGUGUGUGUGUGUGUGUGUGUGUGUGUGUGUGUGUGUGUGAUAUGAGGUUACAGCUACACUCCCUCAUUCUGUGAACGGAGCAGUUUGGGUGUUUUUGGAUGCAAACUGAAACGUAAUUAUUCUCAAUCUUUCAUUUGUGUUUUUACCACAAAGCAUUUAUGAGGCAUUCAAAAGACGAUGCUUAAUCCUUUAAAGGAUUAUUUCGAUUUAUUACGACUUUAAUUCUAUCAAUUAUGAAGAAGUUGUACUCACCAAAGUAAGUGAGGAGAAUUGGGAAAACAGAGGUAUAGUGACAACAGAGUUUGAUGGGGCAAGAAACACAAGCCAUCAAGAAAACCCACAGUUUCACCAGACUGUCUACUUUCUAGAGCUGAAGUACAAUGGGAACUUUCUGCUUUACAUUUGUCAUGAAUGUUGGAAUCUGUCCAUAGUAUAACUACACUAGCAUAGUAGUCUACCAAGCCCAACACCAUUGUGGUUAAAUGCCACCUGCUUGACCGAAUGAGUGCAUUGAUGAGUACCCAACGUGUAAUUAACCAGAAAUAUCCUUUGCAGAAUAAUGUGAUGAAUUCUACCUGCUGGCUUCCUCUUCUCUCUGGUCCACUUUCAUCUUCACAAUCUCCAACUGUGGCAAUCUGUGACUAUUUCAUCAUUUGUUAUUAAAACAUCUGUUAGCUGCUGAGAAGGGCUUUCACCUGAAAUGGAUUGUUAUGUUGUGUAUGUUGCUGCACUGUGAACAUCGUAGAACUGAAACUUACAGAUCGGGAAGCUUGGAAGUUUACAAUCUUAAAAUACAGAAAAUCCUGAAUCACCAUCUUACCAGUAAAUGACACUUGCUGUUGGUUUGUGAAAUGACUGUUUAGUGAUAAUGCUGAGUCAUCAUCAUGUUUUCUUCAAGGACAACAUGACACGGCUUGUGGUGCUAUAGCAGGUUGGUUCAUAAUAGAAAUGUACUUCCUGUAUUAGGAGCACUUAGGCCAACAAUAAAGGGGUUCAUAAGGAUGAUUACAAAAUGAAGUUAGCCUAAAGAAGUGUUGCAACAAGGCUAAAAGCAGAUUGCACAACACAAAGACGUUAGCCUCUCCAUAUGACACUGAGACUUUAAAAGUGUCAUGUCAGAAGCACUUAUUCUUACCAUGCAACAGUGACAUGACAUAACCGAUCGCUUUGAUUAUGUAAUGUAAUUAGUUUCCCACACCAUUUGACAUCAGUCUCCAUAAUAUAGUAACGCCAUGACAAUAAGUGUUGCAACAGAGCUGUACUGUGAUUUGUGAUGAGCUCCUAGAUCUCUUGUUCUCAGGAGAACCGGUCACAAUCAUCAGGCUCAAAGAAGUGAGAAGGUGGAGUCUUGUGUGACUAAUGUUGUAUUGUGUGUAACUUUAUUGGGAUGGUUUUCCUCACCAGUGCAAUAAGGGUGAGACAUUGAUGUGUGUAAUGCUGUAAGUCUUUCAAAGGGAACCCAAGUUUGAUGUCACAUCACAAGUAGCUAACAACAGAAGCUAGAGUAGACAGUAGUUUAGUGUAUACGAGUUAAAUAUCUUCCUGCUUCCCAAAGGAGGAUGCUUAAAGAUGUUGUGACCCCUGACUGUUUCUUUAGAGCCACCAAAAUAACCUUUAUUUUCAAUCAAAACGUCAGAAUGCAAUGACAUUUGCUUAGUACAUUCAUGCUUUCCUCUAGCGCCACUUUUCGGACUGAGUUUAUUACCUAUAUCUAUUACUGAUCUAAUAACACCAAUAUGUUGUUUGCUCAGACACUUGGCCUUCUUCAUAACUUAUUGGAAGUUUGAGUCUUUCUUAACCUUGGUUAUAGUAAUUAAUCUUACCACAUUUCCCAAUAUCGGUCGUUUUCCAUUGCUUUCCACUGAAUUUGAUAUUUUUCAUUAGCCAAAGGAGUUUCCAAACACAGAUGAGCAAACUCCAUCCACUCAUGUAGAGGGCAGUGGAACUCUCAAGGAAUAGCUUGUCAGUGGAUUUAAGAGUUAAGAAUAUUUAGUAAAGUAUUGAAUAUUCUCUUAAACAGGAUACCUGAUGAGGACUGAAGAACACAUGUAGCAUGUGCAUCGUAGAAACCAGUCUGUUCCCACUGGAUGUAAUACUUCAUUUGCUGUGUGUGUGAAUUAUUUCAGGAUUUCAAGGCACAUUCAUUUUUAUCGGCUGUGUUUCCUGUUUCUUUCAUGUUUAUAAUUUAGCGUGUUGUUAAAUGCCUGGAGGAGGGACAACAAAAUGUCCAGACAUCUUGUUGUCACCACAUUGUCAUUUUCCAACUCAUGGCCACUGGUUUGAUGUGCAAUAAACAUGCAUGUGUGUUACAGUGAUAUGUGUGCUUCUUGAAUAGCCACAGCACAGAUGAGUAUUACACUAAAAUAAUUGUCUGGAAGAAAUUGUAUAGUUGUUAGUUACCCAGAUUUGGUGGUCAUUGAGAGGUGAAGUCCCGCCCCUUCCAGUGGACCACCAUUGGGUUUUAUUUUGAAAAACAUGUACAGUAGUACCCAUAACAGGGUCAGACAAAACAUUGUUUUGAUUCCAUGGAUUAAACAUAUGUUUGUCAAUUUACAGAUCGUUGUGCACAUCAAUAAAGUUUUAUUUUAAGU